UUAGAUUUUGGCAGAUUCAGCCAACACAUGAGUUGGUUGUUUCUAUAAGAAACAAUCAGAUGUCCAAUCCUGAUUUAUUUUUAUUUUAACCACGCAGGUAGACCUAAUAAUAACACGAGGCCCCGAUAAGGAACUGGAGACAGCAUAUGGAGAGGACAAACAUGUCUGCUGCAAGAAAAGAACUACAGAAGGCCUUGUGCUGCUACACCGCAGAUACCCUCAUCUACAUCGACACAGUGAGAGAGUUCUGUGAGAGGAGCCCUGAAUGGAUGCUUGGGAGGGAGAAAGAGUUUCACAUGAUGGUGGACAUCAAAGAUAGGGCUGACAGCAUCGUCCUAAAAAUCGGCCAUGUUACCCAGUCAGAGAACAAAGGUAAGGCCUUUUUGAAAUAUAUGAAGAGCAAGGUGACUGCAGACAGCAGACGUGCAAAGCUGGAGAAGGAGCUGGCAGCUGUGCUGAAGGACACUCUGGGAGGCCUGCAGAAGCUCCACAGCUUCCUGGAUGCAGUGGAGAAUCUGGCGGUCACCUCACUCCAUGUGUUCAUGGAGGAGAACCUGGCGUUACAUUUGCCAAAAGGGAUCAGCCUCGAACAAGUUCAGGUUGUCAUCACUGCUGCACGGGAAAUCUGCCCUCUCCUCGUCGAGUUUAAAAGAGAUACAAGUGUCUUCUUCCUUCCCAAACUUCAGAAUGUGGAAGUGCUGUCAUAUCAGCUGGACAGAUACAUCCAGACCACCCAGACAAUCUGUGAGAAGUUAGAGAAAAGCUCCUUCAGUGACUUUUGCCUGAAUAUGAACGACGAAACUCUGGUAGACCUCGAUGUGGAUUUGUCUGAAGAUGACUUACAAAGGAUGCUUCAUCACAUUAAUCAGCUUGAUGAAAUCAGGAUGAACCAGAGCUUCCGGACGGUGUUCCUGUUUCAGGAGGGACCAUGUUCUAGUUUCAUCAGUGAGUUCAGCGAGCGAAAGCCCAGGAUGCUGCAGUUUCUAGAAGACCUGGAGGAGAACGCUGUUCAGCUAGACAGGAUGAAUAAGGGGGCAAAGAUCUCCAGUGUGGCAGGCAGCUCGGUGGGGUUAGCUGGAGGUGUGCUUUCCAUCGUUGGUUUGGCAUUAAUUCCUGUAACAGCUGGGGCGUCUCUAGCUCUGACAAUGACUGGGGUGGGGCUGGGAAUUACCAAUAGAGUCACCAGUUUAGUCACCACCGCCACAGAGGUUGGCGUGAACCGUAAACAUCAAAAGAAAGCCAGUGAGACCUUCCAGAGCUUCAUGGAGGAUGUGCAGUGUCUUCAUUAUUGUCUGACAAGGAUUUUUACAAAUAUUCGGUGUGGUAUCGAAAAGAUUGUUAAUACUGCCUCAGCUGCUGAGUUGUUAAAAACUGAGGAGCUGGCUUUAAGUGCUGGCACAAGCACAGUGCAGGUAGGAAAAACAUUACGUAACGUGGCCAGGGUGGUGGCAGAUAUCCCAGAGAUUGGUCAGUUAGCAGCCAAAGUGCCUCUUGCCAUCGCCAAGUUAGCAAGAGCCGGUCCCUUCGUGUUAAGCGCUCUCUCCCUCGGCAUGGAUGUCGUCUUCAUCUGUAAAGACAGCAUCAGUCUGGCCAAAGGCAGCGAGACUAAAUUCUCUCAGUUCAUCAGAGCCCUAGCUGCAUUCUGGCGUUCAGAGAUUGACUCAUGGCAGAAGAUCCAUGACUUCCUGUGCAAUGGUCAGCUGACAUCAAAGGAAAACAAAACUUUCCUUGAGAUGCCAUUUUAUCCAGAGAGGGAGAUGAAGAAACUCGGAGAAACAGAAAUGGAAAUUCCAUUUGAUGAAGUGGAUGAAAAGUGAAAGAGGAAGUUCUUGUGUAAUACAGUAGUGCUCAGAGACAAUACCAACUCUGACACUUUGAUCAGAUAUGACAUCCAUUUAAACUUUGCUUACGGCUCACUGUUCAGCAUCAAACAUCAUUACAAUCUAUCUUUGAGGAAGUUUUAAUCAGCUGUAAUUCUCAUGGUAUAAACCAAUGUAUCACUAAACCUGCUUCAAAACAUAACACACUGUCAUUUAGCGCUUUACCUGAUGAUAAAUGUAACUGAAAAAUAUAAUUACUAUUUUAAUCCUAGAGUUGCAAUCACUGUCAUAUCAAAAUAUAAUUAGAGCAAAAAAUGUCAUGCACAAUACAUUCUGUACAAUCUGUAUGAUCUUCAUUAUUAUGUUUGUAUAAUUCAGUCUGCCAUUUCUCUUGCACAAA